AUGUCGGGAGUCGACAAUAACAAUGACGUGGCGCAUGCCACCAUCACCGAAGUAGUGGACUCAGUGCACACGCCGGGGCUCUUGCGUCAGGGGACAGAGCCUACAUGGGUUUCAGUCCCUGGUGGAGUGCCUUUGGUCCUCCACAAUGGCAAUUGUGAACGGUGUAUGCAGUUUGCGAUGCACAUCGCGGGACUUCGCUUGUGUGACCAAUCACUCAUCGAUGCAGAAGAUGCGGCACGUGCCACAAUGAUACAGCGCCAUUUCAACAACGGAUGGUCUUUUCCAGGGGAGAGGGGCCUGGUUGAAGACCGUGCGAGAUUAAGGGACGCCCAAGCUCGUAUACGCGAGCUGGAGGAGCGUCUCAAUACCGAAAUGGUAGCCCGAAUACGAGCCGAAGAACAGGAGCGUCUCAAUACCGAAAUAUUAGCCCGAAUACGAGCCGAAGAGCAUUUGCGACUGGCGAUGGAUCAACGGGACUAUUUUACCCGCACCUUCGGCUUCGACGUUGUUGAGGAAUCCACCUAUGGCAGCUCCAGCAGCAUCGCGUCGACGGGAAUGGCUCAGCCCAGCCGACAGUCGCCCGUGGAGUAUUGGUGGACGUGGUUCAAUAAAAAUCCGUCCGCCGCUCCGACAUCGUUCCGCCCAUACGUCCAACUGCGCAAUUGGGCUCCGUCAACGAGAACAUCGGAAGUCGCGCGACGGGCAUGGAUCGAGGCUAUGGUGCACGUACUAUCUGUACGGGGUCUAUAUGCAUACAUCGUCGCAGUCCAAGGAUUCAAUGUCGCGACCAACCCUAUCAUUGUCAUGGCACCGGUACUGGACGCUGGAGUAUUACCCCGAGACGUUGCCCAAUUCAUGGCAUCCCAGGGCGUCCAGCCCACUGAGGUUGGAGUGCUUGGAACGCACGCAGUGAGAGAGCGGAACGUGAGGCUGGGACGCACCCCGGGGGACACCUCGCCGUAUACGGACGGGCCCAGUCAUGUCACUGAUGCUAUCCCUCACAUCGACACUCCGAUGCCGCUGCCAGCCCCGCGUAAUGCGCCUGCUGAGACGAACAACACUAUGGGCACCGCACCAUGA